UCAUAUUGUCCCAUAAAUGAUGAUAUGACAAACACUCAUAACAAAAUUUUUAAUAUAGUAAGAAUUCAGAAUAAUAAAAAAAAAUAUCAAAAACUCUAAACAAGAAUCGACUAUAUAUUAUGGACUUAAAAGUUCUUUAACCCUAGUAAAUCAGCUAACUGUUCUUAUAAAAAGAAGAACAAGAAAUUUGAUGAGCAUAGUUGUUUGAUUACAAUUCACUUAAGCACUUUAUAUGCACAACAUUGAACAUAGAAAAUAGGAGCAAAGAGAUUAUAGAAGAUGCUGAAAAGCAGGAGUUUAGAUGGCACAGUAACACACUUCACACCUCUAUUAGAUGUAUCUCAUCAUAAAGAAAACACAAGACAGUACCGAUGGUGGAACAGCAAAAUCCUGGAUUUGGAGGAGGCCAAACAUCAAUUACUUUUUUCACUACCUAUGUUCCUUACAAACUUGUUCUAUUACUUAAUCGUGUUGGUUUCUGUAAUUUUCGCUGGCCACCUUGGUGAUCUUCAGCUUGCUGGUGCUACUCUUGCAAACUCUUGGUUUUCUGUCACUGGUUUGGCUGUCAUGGUUGGUUUGAGUGGGGCAUUGGAAACACUCUGUGGACAAGGAUUUGGAGCAGAAGAAUACCAAAUGUUGGGAAUUUAUCUACAAGCCUCUUGCAUCAUCUCUCUUAUUUUUUCCAUCAUUAUAUCAAUUAUUUGGUUCUAUACAGAGCCAAUCCUUGUAUUGCUACAUCAAUCUCAAGACAUUGCAAGAACAACUUCCCUUUACACCAAGUUUCUUAUCCCUGGCUUAUUUGCACUUAGCUUCUUGCAAAAUAUCUUGAGGUUUCUUCAAACACAAUCUGUUGUAAAGUCAUUGGUGGUCUUCUCAGCUAUUCCACUUUUGGUUCAUAUUUUCAUUGCAUAUGCCUUGAUUUUCUGCACAGAUCUGAGUUUUAUAGGUGCUCCUGUAGCAGUUUCUAUUUCAUUAUGGAUAUGCAUACCAUUGUUGGUCAUGUAUAUCAUGUAUGCAGAAAGGUUCAGGCAGACUUGGACAGGAUUUUCAUUUGAGUCAUUCAAUUACAUUUUCACAGACUUGAAACUAGCUUUGCUCUCAGCAGCAAUGGUAUGUUUCGAGUAUUGGGCUUUUGAGAUUAUGGUUUUCUUAGCUGGAUUAUUGCCUGACCCAACAAUAUCGACUUCAUUGAUUGCAAUAUGCACAAACACAGAACUAAUUGCCUAUCUGAUCACUUAUGGUCUCAGUGCAGCUGCAAGUACAAGGGUCUCCAAUGAAUUGGGAUCAGGCCACCUGGAUCGAGCUAAGCAUGCAAUGGGUGUCAGUCUCAAGCUCUCUCUCCUCCUUGGUUUAUGUUUUGUUUUGGCACUUGCAUUUGGUCACAAUAUAUGGAUUCAGAUGUUCAGUGAUAGUUCUAAAAUUAAAGAGGAGUUUGCUUCACUGACACCCUUUCUUUCCAUUUCCAUAUUACUAGAUUCUGUCCAAGGUGUCUUAUCAGGGGUGAUCAGAGGGUGUGGUUGGCAGCACUUGGCUGCCUAUGUCAACCUAGCAACUUUUUAUCUUAUUGGUUUGCCAAUAUCAGGCCUUCUUGGAUUUAAGUUCAAUUUGCAGGUUAAGGGUUUAUGGAUUGGCCUGAUUUGUGGGUUGGCUUGUCAAACUGGGACUCUCUCAUUUUUGGCAUGGCGUGCCAAAUGGACUAAACUGAAUGUCUCCUUGGACAGAGAUGAAAUCCAACCACCAUCUGCUUAACUGAUUGCUUGCUAGUAUGGGUCAAUGAAAAUAGUCCACGGAGUCUACUAUUUUUAGAUUCAAUUGCUUGCAAGAGAAUGAAAAUUGGUUGGUCAAAUUUUCCUCAGUAUCCUUCCAUUCCCUCUUUUUCAUUCCUCCAUGAACUCCUUGAUUUUGUUAGAAAUACCUACAAUGCAAUGACAUUCUCUAUGUUUUAUAUAUACUGAUGGCACUCCAAUUACCUAAUUAAAAACA